CUACGGGCUCCGUCGCGCUCAGGGCCCGCACUACGCGGCCUCCGCGACAAGGGUGCGGAGAGCGCGCCCCGCAUCCCCGAAGCCGCCGGGAGGAGGGCGGGGCUCGGAGCGCUCUCGGGCCGGACUACGUUUCCCAGGAGCCCCGGCGCCGCCUCGCGGAGGGAUUCUGGGCUCGCGUCACCGCCGCAGCUCUGGACGGAGGGACCGCUGCGCGGGACGGGAAGUGUGCGGGGCCCGCCAGCUUUGCCUUCUUGGAUCUCUCGUUCCUCAAGAAAGUACCAACAAGCACACAGAGGGCAUGGAAGCCCAGCCACUCCCUGCCCGGUUCCCCGCACUGGUGACCUUCAAGGAUGUGCUUGUGAACUUCACCAGGGAGGAGUGGAAGCUCCUGGACGCCGCGCAGCAGGUCAUGUACAGAGAUGUGAUGCUGGAGAACUAUAGGAACCUGGUUUCCUUGGGUAAGACGAACCUCUGUUUUUGGAGAUGCACUGCCUGUGAUGGUUUUGGUUCUUCAUUGACCAAAAGCCUUACCUUAUCUGCUCUUCAGAAGUCCCCAUGGUCUGGGGCUGGUGUUGAAUCUGGGAGGCUCCUCUGGGUCCAGCUCAGAGUUCUGCAACCCUUGCCCAAUUCCGUAUCUUUCACUGUGAACAGGACAUCGACUUCCCAAGCCUGA